ACUCUAUUAUUGUUUUGAGUUAUCAGGCUUCCUCUAUGUUUGUUUAUGAAGACAACGCCGUUUUAUCUUUGUAUCAAAUAAAUAGUGAAAAGUGAAAUACAUGUAGGAGCAGAUUUUCAACCUCUACACAUCUCUAACUUGAUCGGUCUGAGAUGCCUCUACCACCAGCUCUUGCGGCAAAACUAGCCAAAAGGGGCUUGAUAACCUCUAAACAAAAGACUCAACCGACACCAGAGCCCCUGAAAAAGUUUGACCCCAAAGGAGCUACUUUGUGUCCGAACAAGAGUAACAUAUUUCACGAGUGUACGGUUUUUUGUGAAAUUAACUGGAAGGGUAUUCCUACUCCUGAUGCUAAAUAUGUGGGCAAUGUACAAAAGAUGCUGGUCAAGUAUCCUUUGCCAAACAACUGGACUGAGAUUUUCGAUAAAGGAGUAGGAAGGUACUAUUACUGGAAUAUCGAAAACGACUUAGUUUCGUGGCUGCCUCCAAAACAUCCCAAGGCAGUUAUAACCAAGAGUGCAGCAAGACUGAGAGAAAAGAAACUUCAAGAUUUGAAAGAGAAAAAACCGAAAGAACGCGAUGAUCUCGGAAGAAGAGAUAGAUCAGAGAGGGACACUGAUAGGAAUAGAGAUGAGAGGGACAGGAACUCUGACGAUGAAGACAGAGGUUACAAAGGGAAAUAUUCGGACAGAGAUAGACGGGAUAGAGAUCGGGACAGGGAUCGAGAUAGAGAUAGAGAAGAUAGAAGAAGCCGUAGGGAAAAGGAUGAUCGCUACAGGAGAGACAAAAGGAAAAGAGAUGACCAGUUGGACCCGAUGGAUCCUGCCGCAUAUUCGGAUAUACCACAAGGUACUUGGAGUGACGGGUUGGAAACCAAUAAACAGAGAGCAGACAAUACCGCAUCGGGUGUCCUAUUUCAACAAAGACCCUAUCCUGCUCCUGGUGCCGUUUUAGCUGCUAACAGAGAGAAGGAGGAAAAAGAUAAGAGAAAAUGAUGGUUGUGACCUAUUUAAUGCUUGCGGUUUAAAAUAUGUGUUUAAGUGAUAAAAGUACAGCAAUUACUAAUAAAAGAUGAUUAAACUUA